AACAGCUAGUGCAUUUAAAAACUGAAUAUAGAUUGAUCGAAAAAGAAGACUUUACAGAAGAAAUUAUAGAAGUAGAAGUCAAUCUAGGAAGAAGAGUUCUAAAAAUGAUUGCUAGAGAAAAAGAUGAUGCUAGCUAUAAAAAAACUGAAAUAGCAAAUAGAUUCAAGAUGGAGAUGAUAGCUAUACUAGAACUUAAAAAUAAAAUUAUAAGGCAAUACUUAAUAGAAAAGCUUGAGAGAAAAAUUAUAAAACAGUACAGAAAGAAAAGACUAGAGAAACAGAAGAAAAAAGAAAGUAAGAAAAAAGCAGAAGAAGAAAGUCUUUAUAAUAUGGAAGAAAUUAGAAGAAGAAUAUUAAA